AUGUCUUCCUUUCAAGAUCAGGAUUCCCGGCCCGCGCCAAAAGACUUGACCCAUCACUUCAGUCGAACCACCAAGGCGCGCGUGCCCAGCUCCAUCAAGCAGUUCUACAAAUACUUCCAAAUCCCCGGCAUUGGCCAGCUUGCCGGCGGCCUGCCCAAUCAAUACUACUUUCCCUUUGACACCUUGGAAGCCAGUGUCGCUCGUCCUGACCGAUGGAAGCCCACCCCGAACACCCCAGUGGACCCACCGCCCGCGGCCGAUGAUGCAGAUGUCAUUGCCCGUUUGAGUCUACAAGAGAAGAAGAGCAACAAGAAUGCCGUUUCAUCAACCAGCUCCCCGCUCAACCAGCCUCAAGAUGCCAUCAGAGUUCCCCACACCAGCUCUCAGAAGGAUUUAUUGAAGAAGAUCGACCUCGCAACCGCGCUCCAAUACGGCCAAGCUCAAGGCUAUCCGCCAUUGUACUACUUCAUCCGCCAAUUCACCCAGAACCAUCUGCACCCCAAUUGUCCCUACAAGGGCGGGCCGGAAGUCAUUCUCUCCGCAGGCAACACCGAUGGGUGGAGCAAGGUGCUGCAGACGUUCACCAACGAGUGGAGUGAAGAGAAGGAUUGGGUGAGGGACCGGGAUGGAGUGUUGGUCGAGCACUUUACUUUUGGGAAUGCCAUGACAGCCGUCACGCCAAGAGGUCUCAACAUUGCGCCCGUUGCGAUUGAUGAUGAGGGCAUGCUCGCUGAGGGCCCGGGUGGACUGCGAGAUGUCUUGGAGAACUGGGACUUUAAGAAGGGUCGUCGGCCGAGGCUGAUGUAUACCAUUACAAUGGGCCAAAACCCGACGUCUGGCGUUCUCUCCCUCCAACGUCGAAGGGAUAUCUACGAACUCUGCUGCAAGUACGAUGUGAUCAUCGUCGAGGACGAUCCGUACUGGUAUCUCCAAUACCCUACCGCCACGGCAAAGAACACGACCACGACUUUCCAUCCUUCUAACCAAGACUUCAACCCCGACGUGCCCAUGUUCGCCAAUGCCGAGCCGCGACCUGCAGGGUGGAAGUCGAGCGGCUACGACUUCCUCGACUCCAUUGUUCCCUCCUCCAUCCAAAUCGACACAGAGGGGCGCGUCAUCAGACUUGACACCUUCUCCAAGACCGUCGCUCCGGGCUGCCGAGUGGGCUGGAUCACGGCGCAGCCGGCAGUCAUUGAGAAGAUUCAGUACAUCACAGAGACAUCUACUCAGCAGCCAUCGGGCUUUGUGCAAAGCAUGCUCGCCGAGCUGCUCCUCGGUCCCGACCACAGCGGCAUUGAAUCUGGAAAGCCGAAAGAUGGAAAGGGCGGGCUGCAGGAUGGGAAAGGAUGGAAGGCGGACGGCUGGGUGCGAUGGAUCGAAGGGCUGAGGGGGAACUAUGAACGCCGCAUGAAUAAGAUGGCGACUAUUAUCGACAACGGAAAGUAUCUGGUGAAGAGCGGAAGGAGAAGUAGUCUCGGCGAUGACGAAGAAGAGUGGAGCGUAAUUGAGAAGAAGCAGAUCAUGUCGUUUGACUGGCCGGUCGGCGGCAUGUUCCUCUGGCUCAAGAUCGUCUUCGAAAACCACCCGCUCUACUCCACGUUCAAAAAGUCGAGCGAAAUGGAGCGCCUCGCUCGCGCCCUGUGGCUCUUCCUGACCACCAAGCCUUAUCUGGUCCUCGCAUCCCCAGGCGGGAUCUUCUCCCCCUCGGCCGAGAUCCGGGAGCGAGACGGCUGGAAGUACUUCCGCCUUUGCUUCGCCGCCGUCAACGAUGACGAGGUCGAGCCCAUUUCGCAUCGGCUGGUGGACGGCAUCAAUGCUUUCUUCCGCAUCAAGGACCGAAAGACGAUUGAGAAGUUGCUCGAGGAGGAGGAUGCCAGUGUUGCGGAUAGAGUGGGGACCGUCGCGGGCGUGGCGCAGAUGCUUGGGCCUUGCUGAUGUGUGCGACAUCCGUAUGGCAGGUUACGAACAAUUUACGCCGGGAUUGCGAUACGUGUCUCUACAUACUGACCGUUGAUGGUAUCAGCCCAAUGCAAGGCUGUGCACACUGAGUAAGCGUUCGUCAGCCACGCGUCCACGCAUUCAGCAGUCUCAGCCGUUAGAGGCAGUUCAACUUGUCAUCGCUUCCGUCUCACUUCACUUUCUGAGGAAAGCCCGAGAGGCCCAGUCAGCUACGCUUGAGCCCCUUCUGGAAGUGGUUCAGUUCCCUUUGAAGCCAGCCUGC